GCCUCCUUCAAGAAAAUUAGACUUUUCCAGAUCUCGGAAACUCGAAUCUGAAAAUAGGGGAAAAGGUUUUGAAAGCAAUUAAUGUAAUUUUUUGGUUUUAGAUUGAAUAACAGAAAAAAAAGAAAGAAGGAAAAGAAAUUAACGGAUCAAUAACUCGUUUGAAUCUUGCGACAAAUUUCAAUUCUUGAACUGAAAAUUUAGGGUUUCGUUUUUCUUUUUAGAUUUCUUUGAUUUCGUUUCUUUUGUUUUUGAAAGAAUAAAAUGAAUGAUCAGACUCAGAUGAUGAAUCAGCCACCGCAAAUGAUGAUGAAACCUGGCCAGGUACAAGUUUCGGUUCAGUCGCAGAUGAUGAAUCAGUCUCAUCAGUUAAUGGCGGCGGCGGCGCACUCUCAGGCGAUGAACCAAUUGGUGGCGUCUCAGUCGCAGCCGAUGAGCUCUGGUCCUCAGAUGAUGACUCAGCUACCUCCUCAGAUGAUGUUGAAUCGAAGCUACAAGCCUUGGCAAUCUCAGGACCCAAACCCUAACCCUAUCCCUAACAAGAAAUUCCCUUCUUUCAAUCGUAAUAACAAUUGGAAGGGCAAAAAGGUUUCCGCCGGUAAAGAUUAUAGAAAGUUCGAUAAUAAGCCUUUACCCAUGGGUUCUGUUUCUUCUAUUUCUUCUGUUUCCUGUGCUUCUGGUAGUAAUACUCAAGGGUACAAACCUCCAACUCUUAACGAGCUCCAAUCUCAGAAUCGCUUAAAGGCCAGGAAAUUCUACACCAACAAGAAGAAAUUCAAUAACAACAACAACAACCGGUUUGCUCCUUACGCGCCGCGGAAUACGACUUCUUUUAUAAUCCGAGCGAAAAAAUCAGGCGGGAUAGCGUCCUUGGUGUCGCCAUGUCCGGUGACGCCUGCGGUUCUUCCUACGCCAAUAUUUUCACCGUCAAGGGAGGUUUUGGGUGAUAUGGCCAAGGAAGAAUGGGGCGUGGAUGGUUACGGGUCUAUGAAAGGAUUGAUCCGGCUUCGAUCACCGGAAGCUGGUCAUGAUGAUGAGGAAGAUGAGGACGGGGGAAAUGGUGGGGGAUCGAGUGAGAGUGAUGUGGAAGAACACGUGGAAGUGGAGAGGAGAUUGGACCAUGAUUUGAGUAGGUUUGAGAUGAUAUAUCCAAGUUAUGGAGGUGAUUAUAACAAUGUUUUGGAGAAUAGGGUGGAUGAUCAAGAUACCCAUAUAGCUCAAUUGGCAGAAGAGAAUUUGACAUUAAAGGAAAGGUUGUUUUUGAUGGAGAGGGAAUUGGGGGAUUUGAGGAGGAGGUUACAGUUUUUAGAGAGGCAGAGUCAGGUAUUGGAAGAUGUUAAUGAGGAGGUUGUGGAGAAUGGGUCUGAUAACGAGAUUGAGGGUAGUGGUUCUGAUGUUAGGGUGGUUACUGAUGCUGCUGAUCGUAAUAAUGUGGAAAUGGUUGAUUUUGCUGCUGGAAAUAGUAGAGAUGUUGUUGUUGUCAUGGGGGAGGAUAAUAAUGAUGGAAUGCCUUGUAAUGAAGGUCUGAGGGAUGAUUGUAUGGAUGAGAUUGUUGCAGAAGAUGAUGUUGCAAGAGAAGAUAAGGCAAAGAAUGAAGGAAGAGGGAGUGACGAAUUAAAGGUUCAAGUUUUGGGGGAGAUUGUUGCAGAAGAUGAUGGUGCAAGAGAAGAUAAGCUAAAACAGGAAGGAAGAGGUAGUAACGAAUUAAAGGGUCAACUUUUGAGGGAGGAAAUAGUUGGAGACAAGGAAAAUGAGGCCAAGGGUGAUGAAGCAAGAGGCAGUGAGCUUGUGGGGGAGAAGAAGGUUGUCGAAGAAGAGAAAGAUGAGUGGAGGUGUGAAGAAGCUAGGAAUGAGGCAGCUGACGACAAUGAAACAAAGAAUGAGGAAGUGCACUUGUGAAGUACAGUGACCAGUUUAACUGUACCACAUUGAUUUGUCAUUGUGUUUUAUAGGGGAGGCUGAUAAGGGCUGAUUGAUUAUGUACACAAUCUUAUCUGAUUAACUGCCUGGAAUACUCAAUCAAUUGGUCUCUUGUUGAUUUUAUGUAUGGAUGGGCUUAUUCAUGUUAGGACUCGUUAACCAUGUUCAACCUUCCCUUUCAUCAGAGUCUUCCCAGAUGGAAGAGGUGAGAUGAAAGGUGGGAAGACUUUGGCUUCACUGGGGCAAUUAGAUGGCCCUACCUUUCCUUUGAGCAUAUACAGCUGUGGGCAGAUGUACAAUCUAGUUUUUGGGAAUGGCUGACAACUAGGAUGGAGAAUCUUUACGGAUUGCAGGUGUUGGAACUGAAAUGGUAAAACCUGAAUGUUGGCCAGUGUAGCAGCUUCUUCAGUUGCAUCAGCCGUGAAAUCCUCUUACCGGGAGCGGCUGCAAAGUUUGGAGGUUUAGUUUCUACUUGUUAUAACUGGUUAUUGAAGUUGUACCCAGUUAUGGUUUUGAGACCAUGAGAUAAUAUGUCUAAUUGUGAAAUUGGUGUCAAUCUCUGGAGGAAUGGAUUAAUGCGAAUGAGUUUAAUACAGAAAGAAGAGUAGUUUACCAUGACCGCCAGAGCUUUAUGGAUGAGCAAUGUGCUUGUAUUGGGUGAAGGCUUGAUAUUCCUUUGCAUUUUAAGUGAUUAAUAUGGUUUCAAUUCAAGACACUGUGUAUUAAUUAUCCAUUUUCCAUUCAGCCAACUGCUUCGCACUGGCUUGUUCAAAGUAGUUCAUAUAGCUUAGCAAAAUGGAAGUUAACCAAUCUCAAAUUUAACACACGAUAACU